CACCCUAGACACUCUUUGAGUCUUUGCCCAGAUUCGAUCAUCCACGGUUCUUUCCCAAAUCCAGGUCGCCUUUGUUGGUGAGCACCAAGGGGUCGUUUCUUCACAAUGGCAGACAGUCAAGUAGAGCAUGACAAGAACAUUGAGAUAUGGAAAAUGAAGAAACUAAUCAAAGCGCUAGAGUCUGCAAGAGGAAAUGGAACCAGCAUGAUCUCCCUCAUCAUACCACCUGGUGACCAAAUAUCCCGAAUCACCAAGAUGUUGGCAGAAGAGUAUGGAACUGCAUCAAACAUCAAAAGCAGAGUGAACCGUCAAUCUGUUCUUGGUGCAAUAACAUCUGCCCAGCAAAGACUCAAACUUUAUAACAAAGUCCCCCCAAAUGGUCUCGUCCUCUACACUGGAACCAUCAUCACAGAUGAUGGCAAAGAAAAGAAAGUCACUUUUGACUUUGCACCUUUUAAGCCCAUAAAUGCUUCUUUGUACCUUUGUGACAAUAAGUUCCACACCGAGCCUCUUGGCGAACUCCUGGAAUCUGAUGAAAAGUUUGGGUUCAUUGUCAUGGACGGGAACGGGACCCUAUUUGGGACAUUAAGUGGGAACACGAGAGAAGUUCUUCACAAGUUUACUGUGGAUCUCCCAAAGAAGCACGGAAGAGGAGGGCAAUCCGCUCUUAGGUUUGCUCGUCUUCGGAUGGAGAAACGGCAUAAUUAUGUCAGGAAAGCAGCAGAACUUGCCACACAGUUCUUUAUAAACCCUGCAACAAGCCAGCCGAAUGUGGCCGGAUUGAUUCUUGCCGGAUCUGCCGAUUUCAAGACCGAACUAAGUCAAUCAGAUAUGUUUGACCCUCGAUUACAAGCUAAGAUCCUUAAUGUGGCUGAUGUGUCUUAUGGUGGGGAGAACGGGUUCAACCAGGCCAUCGAGUUAUCUGCUGAGAUUCUGUCAAAUGUGAAGUUCAUACAGGAAAAGAAACUGAUUGGGAAGUUCUUUGAGGAAAUUAGUCAAGACACCGGUAAGUACGUGUUUGGCGUGGACGACACAAUAAAAGCACUUGAGAUGGGAGCAGUUGAAACACUUAUUGUUUGGGAAAAUCUCGAUAUUAACCGUUAUGUGUUGAAAAACAGCGUGAACAGUGAGAUAGUCGUCAAACACUUGAACAAGGAGCAAGAGUCUAACCAUAGCAACUUCAAGGAUGCUGCCACGUCUGGCGAGCUGGAGGUUCAAGACAAAAUGCCACUUCUUGAGUGGUUUGCCAAUGAGUAUAGGAAUUUUGGUUGCGCUCUAGAAUUCGUCACCAAUAAGUCCCAAGAGGGGUCCCAGUUUUGUAGAGGGUUUGGUGGGAUCGGUGGAGUCCUUCGUUACCAGCUCGACAUGCGCGACUUUGAUGAACCCUCUGAUGAAGGUGAAACGUUUGGUGACUCUGAUUAAGCUUCUUGAUUCAGAAUGAUGAGAUAUUCUCUAGCUUUGAUGUCAAGAGUCAAACACUGAGUGUGUUUCCUCUUUUGUGCUGUAAUUUCUUCUUUUUUUUCAGCCCCAUCCAUGACAAGGAAUUUAGUCAUCUUGUGUGAUUUUUCAUCCUUUUUUCAUAGCCCAUUAGGUAUUUAUCAUACUAUAAAUUGCUGCCUUAUGGCUUUAUGACAUUCUAUUCUCUCAUAGUCAUUGUACUUCAUUCCGUGGAUUGUGGUGGAGACAAGAGUUUUGAGUUUUGUUUUGCUAUUCACUGACAAGAAAAACCAACUCUACAC